AUGGGCAUCGGGGAGCUCUCCCAGCCGCCCACGCCCAGACAGUGCAGGAGUCGGGCCCUGCUGGGCCCUGAGCUCCUGCACCCACUGGACCGAGUGCCGGCCGAGGAAACGCUGGGCAGCCAGGCCCCUGGGAGCCCCCAGGGUGCCCGGGGGCCGGACAGUGUGCCCCUGCUGGGGGCCACAGCCACAGCCCGCCCCGGGGCUGGGCGCCCGGGGUGGGGAGAGGACGCGGAGGCAGAGGCAGAGGCAGCGGAGGAGUGCCCCAUCUGCACAGAGCCCUACGGGGCGGGGGGGCGCCGCCUGGCCCUGCUCAACUGUGGCCACAGCCUGUGCGCGGGCUGCCUGCAGCAGCUGCUGGGCACGGCCCCCAGCGCCGACCUGGGCCGGGCGCGCUGCCCACUGUGCCGCCAGAAGACACCCGUGCUCGAGUGGGAGAUCUGCCGGCUGCAGGAGGAGCUGCUGCAGGCCGACGGCCCCCCGCGGCCCCCCAGCCCCGUGCCCCCCGCGCCCCUCGCCCGCGGUCCCGGGCCCUGGGCUGCCCUGGAGCGCCGCUACCAGCUGCGCUUUCUGGCAGCGCCCGUGGGCGGCCGGGGCUGCCCGCCCUGCCUGCCCGCCCGGCUCUGGGCCCUGCGGGAACGGGGGCCCUGUGCCCGCCGCCUGGCGCUGCUGGGGCUGCUGACCCUCGAGGUGCUGGGGCUGCUGCUCCUGCUCACGCCGCUGGUGUUGCUGGGACUGCUGCUCAGGCUGCUGGCGCGCGCUCGCCGCUGA